CGCUAGUUAUACCUUAUGGAUUGAAGUGUACACUCGACUUGCUAGUUUUCCAGCAACCUCUUACGCUCUGUUUCCUACGGGUUACAAGCCAACGCGGUCGAAAACGUUCAUAAUAUAUAACAUAGUAUUACUAGUAGGACAAUCGAGGAUCUGCCUUUUGUGCCCGAAGAAAAUGGCCACAGUUACAAGAAAGAACACCAAUUUAAAAACGGGCAACAAAGAGAAUGCCAAACCAACAAGUGGAUCCACUAAGUGUUUAAUUACCCGAGCUGCUCCUACUAAAACAGUGGCUGCGCAAUCUGCCCCUCUGCAUUCCAAGAGCAAUAAAAAGGACUUGGGAAAGGGAGAGGAUGCUCUAAAGAAGGUCAAGACGGAGCAGAAAUAUGUGAUGGCAACAACCACUGGCGAUACGAAGAGACGCAACACCUUCAGCCAAGCCUUCCUCACCAAACAGGCUGUCAGACAGAGAAAGCUGGUUGCAGACGCCCCAAAGCCUCCAGCUACCGUCCCUGUCAAACCUGGCACAUACAAAGGCAAGGUUGUCCAAUCUAAAAUAAGCUCCUUCAGGAAGCCUAGUGGCCUGGGGGGAGGGCUACAAAGCAAAGCAGCUGCGAAGACCGCUGUGCCCAAAGCUAAGAGCCAAAAGCCAGGAAUUUUGACAAAGUCCAAAUCCGUUGCUGAUUUGCCUGGCCGUGGUACGUUUAAGCCCCCCCAAUCAUGUCAACCCUCAAGAUCCAAGUCGGUGUCCAAUGGGCCUCCUCCAGUCUCCAAGUGUCCAGUCCCAGCUAUACGCCGUCCCACGGGCGUUCACUCUGUAGUCCCUCCUUUCAGAACUGCUCCAUUUACCACAGCUUGCCCAAGCUCCACUAGGUCUGCCAUGACAUCUAAGGGGAAAGAGCUACCGCAGGGCACCAAGCCUAAGAUGACAGUGGCAACUGACAAGAAGGUUCACAAGAUUCCAGUUGCCAGCACCCGAAGCCAGUACAGGGCUAACACAGAGACUGCUGAAGAGAGAAGGACAAAGCUGGCAGAGUGGCUGGCAUCCAAGGGAAAGACUCUGAAGAGGCCUCCCAUAUCAGCAGUGGCACCCCCAAAGUCUAAACUAUUUGUGCAGCCAGAGCCUGAAGUGCACCCAGAAUCCACAGCUGUCUCUCAACUAAAGACCAAUGUUGCGCCUCAGCCCGUUGAUCAGGAGUCACAACAACCCAUUGAUGAGCCUGAACCGACUGUUCGGCUUAAAAACGUCCAGGUGGUCAUUGAACAGGAGGCAGCCUGUGCCUCAACUCCACUGACAAUGAACAUAACAUUGGACCUGCUUGACAACUCUGAUACAGAUUUUCUUCCUGUUGAUCCAGAGAUUGUGGUCAACCUUCAUGAUGCAUUGGAGAAGCCCUCAGCAUGUGUGGAUGAAGACCCGAAUGAGAAAAGGGAUGAAUCUAAAGGGAAAAUGGUGGAGAGACUGACAAAUAAGCAAUUUGAAGAAAGGAAUGAGUCUCCUGUGACUAAGGAUGUUGAAGUGAAAUGUGAAGUGAGUGAGGGAGCUUCAGAGCAGAAAGUAAGGAAGGGUUAUAUUGAUGAAGUUCAUGACGGCGGCGACUGUUUGAUGGAGACGACACCAGAGGCAGACUGUACAUCGGUGGUGAAAUACAGUGUGAAGACAACUCCAUACCUGCAAAGUGUUAAGAGAAAAAUUGACGGUGAGGCAUGUGCAAGUGGUUCCAGGCGAAAGAGCACCAUCAGGGAUCUGAAGUUUCUGACACCAGUCCGUCGUUCCUGUCGCAUCCAGCGAACGGCAUCCCGCCUGCCUGGGAUGCUAACAGACCAUGACAGCUGUGUGUCCUUGCUGGCUGAGCUGGUGAAGCUGGACGACGAUGCCAAUGCCUACAUCUACAGGAGGAACCCUGCCCUUCUGGCAGACCUGCCUGACCAUCCCAAAGACCUGGAGAGGUUCUGAGUCUUUGGAUGAGUGUGAAGAAGAGGCCUGAAAAGGAAGAUAAACAUGUUGAGUUGAUCGGCACUUUACAGAAGGGGUAUUAAAAUAAUGAAAAUAGAUUUGCUAUUUUACAUAAUGUUUGUUAAUCCAAAUUGUGAUAAUAUGGACUGUGUGGCGGACUAAUAUUACUGAUCCACUAAGACUUGGUGCCUCAAUUAGGGAUGCCUUUUUGUUCUUCUGUUUGUUAUUUCUCUUUGUGUUGUCACUUCUCAUAAGGAAGACUGGUUUGCUAUACCUUGAUCUGCUACACCUCCUAUUCUAUUUGUUAUUGUAUAUAUUAUGUUUUUAUGACUGUAUUGUUUGUUCUUUUAUUGGCAGAGUUGAUACAUUAAUCUCUACCACAAAGUUUUACCAUAGAUUUAAUAAUGUACACUACCUUUUAUUGGCAAAUCUGUGUUGCUCAUCAAGGAAAAGUUACAUUAUUUAAAAAUAAAAUAAAAAGCUAAAUACG